CGUGCGCGCAGCCCACCGCCAGCUCGGCCGGCGCCGCGGCCGCGUCCCAUUCAUGAGGCCCGGCGGGCUCGGCUGUGGCCCGCGGCUCCCGAGGCGGCGGCCCCGCCCCCUGCUCGCCCGCUUCUCGCCGCAGCCCGCCCGGGGCGAGCGACCGUCCGCCGAGUGAUUGCCGCGCGCGGUGCCGCAGUCUCAAACCAUGAAUUAUGUGGGCCAGCUGGCUGGGCAAGUGCUCGUCACUGUAAAGGAACUCUACAAGGGCAUUAACCAAGCCACGUUGUCUGGGUGCAUCGAUGUUGUCGUGGUGCGACAGCAGGAUGGCACCUAUCAGUGCUCACCUUUUCACGUGCGCUUCGGGAAGCUGGGAGUCCUGAGAUCCAAGGAGAAAGUGAUUGAUAUAGAGAUCAACGGCAGUGCGGUGGAUCUUCAUAUGAAAUUGGGUGAUAAUGGAGAAGCCUUCUUUGUGGAGGAGACUGAAGAAGAAUAUGAGAAACUACCUGCUUAUCUUGCCACUUCGCCAAUUCCUACUGAAGACCAGUUCUUUAAAGAUAUUGACACCCCUUUGGUGAAGUCAAGCAGAGAUGAAAGGCCAUCUCAGAGCCCAGAUACUUCUCACACCUUGGAAACAGAGACAGUUUUCGCUCCAAGUUCUGUGAAAAAGAAGAAACGAAGGAGAAAAAAGUGCAAACAGGAUAAUAGGAAGGAGGAACAGGCGGCUUCUCCUGUCGCAGAAGACGUAUGUGAUGUGGGUGUGAGCUCUGAUGAUGAAAAGGGAGCCCAGACAGCAAGAGGAUCUUCAAAUGCUUCCUUAAAGGAAGAAGACUAUAAGGAGCCUCCACUCUUCCAUUCCGGGGAUCACUAUCCCUUAUCUGAUGGAGAUUGGUCCCCAUUAGAAACCACUUAUUCCCAGGCUAUGUGUCCUAAGAGUGAUUCAGAGUUGGAGGUGAAGCCCACCGAGAGCCUGCUCAGAUCUGAGUCUCACAUGGAGUGGACGUGGGGCGGGUUCCCAGAGUCUACCAAGGUCAGCAAAAGAGAAAGAUAUGACUGUCAUCCGAGGACCGCUACAAUUACACCGUCGGAAAACACUCAUUUUAGGGUCAUUCCCAGUGAAGACAGCCUCAUAAGAGAAGUCGAGAAGGAUGCUACUGUUGAAGAUACUAUCUGUACCAUAGUGAAACCCAAACCCAGAGCCCUGUGUAAGCAGCCAAGUGAUGCAGCUUCUGCUCAACUUCCUGAACUGCCUCUCGAGGCUCCUCAGACUUCAUCUAUGUUAGAUGCAGACCAUGUUCCCAGUCCAUCCUCAAUAGACGCUCCCUCAGAAUCCAAACCAGCUGCUAAAGUAGACUCACCAACAAAGAAGAAAGGUGUCCACAAAAGAAGUCAGCACCAGGGCCCUGACGACAUUUACCUUGAUGACUUAAAGGCUCUUGAGCCUGAAGUGGCAGCUCUCUAUUUCCCUAAAAGUGACACCGAUCCCGGCUCCCGGCAAUGGCCUGAACCCGACACACUCUCUGGCUCUCAGUCCCCACAGUCUGUGGGAAGUGCAGCUGCAGACAGUGGCACCGAGUGCCUCUCAGACUCUGCCAUGGACUUGCCUGAUGUCACUCUCUCCCUCUGUGGAGGCCUCAGUGAGAAUGGAGAGAUUUCUAAAGAAAAGUUCAUGGAGCAUAUCAUCACUUACCAUGAGUUUGCAGAAAACCCUGGCCUUAUCGACAACCCAAACCUUGUAAUACGGAUAUAUAACCGUUACUACAACUGGGCUUUGGCUGCUCCCAUGAUCCUUAGCUUGCAAGUAUUCCAGAAGAGUUUACCUAAGGCCACGGUCGAGUCCUGGGUUAAAGACAAGAUGCCAAAGAAAUCUGGUCGGUGGUGGUUUUGGCGUAAGAGAGAAAGCAUGACCAAACAGCUACCAGAGACCAAGGAGGGAAAAUCUGAGGUCCCGCCAACAAAUGACCUACCUUCCAGUGCUGAGGAGCCAGCCAGUGCCAGGCCUGCAGAGAAUGAUUCUUCCAGUGAUGAGGGGUCACAGGAGUUGGAAGAAACAAUCAAAGUUGAAACCAUCUCCAUGGAGACACUGAGUCACUGUAGCACAGCUUCAUAUAAGAAGUCUCUCCGGCUCUCCUCGGACCAGAUAGCAAAAUUGAAGCUCCAUGAUGGCCCCAAUGACGUUGUAUUCAGUAUUACAACCCAGUAUCAGGGUACCUGUCGUUGUGCGGGUACCAUCUACCUGUGGAACUGGAAUGACAAAAUCAUCAUUUCUGACAUUGAUGGAACAAUAACCAAGUCUGAUGCUUUGGGACAGAUUCUCCCACAGCUGGGUAAAGACUGGACUCAUCAGGGUAUAGCGAAGCUAUACCAUUCCAUCAAUGAGAAUGGUUACAAGUUUCUAUACUGUUCUGCACGCGCCAUUGGCAUGGCCGACAUGACCCGAGGUUAUCUGCACUGGGUCAAUGACAAGGGCACCAUCUUGCCCCGAGGCCCUCUGAUGCUGUCUCCCAGCAGUCUGUUCUCUGCCUUCCACAGGGAAGUGAUAGAGAAGAAACCAGAGAAGUUCAAAAUCGAGUGUCUGAAUGAUAUUAAGAACCUGUUUGCCCCGUCCAAGCAGCCCUUCUACGCUGCCUUUGGAAACCGUCCUAACGAUGUCUAUGCUUACACACAAGUCGGAGUUCCAGACUGUAGGAUAUUCACCGUGAAUCCGAAGGGGGAACUGAUACAAGAAAGGACCAAAGGGAACAAGUCAUCGUAUCACAGGCUGAGUGAGCUUGUGGAACACGUGUUCCCACUUCUCAGUAAGGAACAGAAUUCUGCUUUUCCGUGCCCAGAGUUCAGUUCCUUCUGUUACUGGCGAGACCCAAUCCCUGAUGUGGACCUGGAUGACCUAGCUUGAACGAAGCCUAUACGGCAGGGUGAGGACACUCACCUGCCUCCCAACAGGGGAAGUAACUUGCCUCUUACAGAAGAAGACCCCGGAGCCUACAGUCAGGAACCUGCUUUCCAGAACAGGGACAGGGUCCCCGAAGCUGGUACUGCCGCCCUCUUUCACCUCCCCAGGCACCACUCAGCACCUGGACAGAGGAUUAAGGGCCUUUGGCCUGAGGUACAAGCCUGUGCUCCAUCACCUGGGCUUCCUCACAUGCUUUCUGUGGAGCCGUGUGCUGCGCCCCUCGGCUGCAAGACUUAGAAUGGCAGAAAUCAGAAACUAAACAAGAACGACCAGCACAUUACUACACAGUAAAGAGUUAAAAUUUCCACUGCUCGGUUGAUGGUUUCUCUCUGUAACCAGGGCUUUCUCCAGAAGUCUGUUAGUGUUGCUGGCUACGUGUCCAUGUCCCCUCGGGACACUUCUGCUCUUGGUCCCUGAACUAGGACAACGGCUUCGUGUGCCAAGAUGGGCAUCCCCAGCAACUGUGUGCAGCACCAUGAUCCCAACUCUAGCAGCGUGGGCUUCUGAGGAGAGAGCACCUUGGCAUCAUCAUCUCCUCACCUGUGCCUCUUCCCAGGGAGAAAGAAGCCAUUUGAGUUACUGCUCUACCCUAGCCAGAAGAACAAGUGCACAUUUUAUAUCUGGAGUAAUCCUGAGAAAUUGGUUUGGAAUACAGAAAAGGCAGCAGCUUUGCCUCACAAGUGUAGAAAGGCAGCUGCGCUGGGUCCUGGGAGUCACCCUUUCCUCUGACGCUGUCUCCUGGCUGAAGUGGCCCCUGGUGCGUAGGUAUUUCAGGAAAGGAUUUCUGAAGUUCUGGCUUCAGAGUUGCCAGGGGAAAAGCCCCUGGCUGGCAGCAUUGACCAGUCAUUUGGACUUCAACCAUGUAAUGAGUCCCUGGAGGCAUGGGAGAGAGGGUCAUGGAGCGCCUGUGGAGAGCCAGCACCGCAGCAGCGGCAGUGGCCCCAGCCCAUCGUCCAGUUCACACAGUUGAUACUGCAGAUGAAGCCUCUUGGGGAUGUGGGUACCCCUGCAUUUUCUUGGCAGCAGCAUGCACUGGCCUAGUUACGCUCUCUUGUCAAAUGUCAGGACAGAUGUGACAGGGAGAGUUAUGUCCUGGACUCUCCACAGCCUCUGAUCAACAGGGCGUGGACAGUCACUGCAGUGCAAACAUCAAGAGAAGUGUUGGCGGAAGGCGUCCCAGGGACCUUCACUGGUUCUUGGUACACAGCCCUCUUGGACGGUGGAUAUGAAGGCUGAGCAGAGUGGACACUGCAGGAAAAGAUGGUUCCACUUCAGCCCUGCACCCUGUGGCUGGACGGCUGGCCCUGUCACAGUGUUUCAGUUUGCUUCACCCAGUUGGCUUAGAAAGGGGGGUUAUUUUCCAGAUUGGAGAGUUGAGUGUCCCUGCCUCGUUUCAGUAUUGCAGUUGAAUGCAGCGACCAUGUAACAUUCUUUAAUAGAAGAAAAAAACCUUUGAACGUAGUUUUCGGUGGCAGAACCACUGGAGGCAGUGCUCGCAGAGGGGGCAAUGCAGGCUUCCACAGUGCUGGCCUCACUAUAAAUAGCCUGUGUCUCCUUCAUGAGUUAUUUGUGUUAGGUAUAGGGAAACUCAGUUGUUUAUGUGAAAUUCUUCCCAGGCAGUGAAGUAAGAUUUGUAGAGCAGCCACGAGGCCACGCGAUGCUGUCAAGGUCUUGGCACCGCCUGGGAUUUAGCACCCUUUGGUUUAUGGAGUAAGAGUUGUGUGCGCUUACCCUGAGCUCAGUAGAAUCUCUAUGGUACAGAAAAUCUCAUCAUGUUUCCUCAGACAGUUUCAGUUUGUCCUUUGUGGAGUCUUUGCCUCAGCAGCCUGUUUCCUUUUCCUUGACACUCUUUUCUUUGGACACAUGGGCCUUCUCAGAGGGCCCAGCUUAGGUUGUGGGGCUCCUGGCCUGUGCUGCUCUUUUCCCCGUCUCCAUUAGCCCUGCACUUGUCACUACAGAUUGAUCAGUGGGUAUUUAGGCUAAUGAAUGUAACUCUUUUUCCUUAUUUAAAGGAGUCUUCUUGCUGAAAGUAGAUGAUUACUAUUGCUGUAGUGUUCUGAAGUAUUAGGUUUGUGCUGAAAAUCCAUUGCCAUUUGUUACAAAUGAUAUUUGUUCUUUCUGUGAAAGAGAGAUGCCCUCAAGUGUGUUUGCACACAAACCCUUAGAUGGCUUGUUGCAGUAUCUCCCUUGUUGCCAGUGGCAGGUGAUGCUGACGGGGCACUGUUGGCAGACUGGCCUCAGAGUCGCUGUCGGCGUUGCCCUCUGUCCUCCAGCUCACUCUAACUUCAGUGUUGGCUUUGAUGUCGAGUGUUGAAGCACUGUAGUAGAACUGAUGGCUGCUCUCCCUCCAUCAGGCUGUGUAGGAUGCACACUUAGCCCUGUGAUCAGGACUGCACUUCCUGUGGUCUAACCCAUCUGCAUAGUUUCGGUUGGAAAGAAACGUACUAUUGUGAUGACCCAAAACUAAAGCUGCUAAAAACCAUGGACAAGGACCAGAGCUGAGUGGCAGGGAGGCUCUGUCCUUGCAGCCCCUUUGCCCUUCUGCAGUGCUGCUGAAGGAACGGUUAGGACGACGGGAACACCUUCUCCUCUUGCAGUUGAUUGCUGCAGGGAACUUGCAGCGUUAUUGCGUAGCUCUGGGACACCUCGUUUCUGAGCAUGCUGGGAUUUAUUUAAAACCGGGUGAAGUCAGUGCUUUUUCCAAGUGAAAACCUUUCAUUUUGAUUUGAAGGCAGAGGGAAGAUUGCUCUUUUCAUAACUGUGUUCAGCCGAUGACAUUUGAUAAUCAGACAGCAUUGUCACUAAGCAGUUUAGGUUGUGUAAUUGUAAACCCCAGCGCAGUGCCUCAGUCAUGGUAAAGAUGUCUUCAGAUGAAUGGCUCAUAUUUUGGUGCAGUGUUUGAUGUUCACAACAAAAUGUUACAAUAAUAAACUAACAUAAACCGA